ACAAUGACUGAUUUCCACAUCCCAGUGCUUUAUAUGCACUUCUUCCGGAAAUACUAUUUUCCUAUUUCCCUUGCACUUUACUUUGGAUUCAAUAUCAAAACCAUUUGGAAACAAAAUAUCAACUCAUUAUUUGGAGAUUUAGUGGUCAAAUGAUACAGUCUCAUUCGUUAAGGACUCUCUAUGUCGGGUUAAUUCGUGCUGGCAAACCCUUCCGUUAUACACUACUUCCAAAAGCUAGAACGUAUUCGGUGCUGAGUUGUAAGCUUACCCCUCGACAAGCACAUCACAAUUUAUUGCUGCGGUAUGACUCAAUAAGGAACUGUGUAAACACGCCCACUCAGAAUUAUUUCCCGUCAAGGCGCAGUGAGGUUACUCUAGCCAGCAUGGGAGAAUCUAUCAAACAGCUGCGAUAUGCCGACGUUGCAAUCAACCUUGGGGACCCAGUAUUCACGGGUGUCUAUCACGGAAAAAAGGUUCAUGAAAAUGACUUGGAUGAUAUUAUCCAGCGGGCACUGGAUGUCGGCUGUCAAAAACUUAUGGUCACAGGCUCUGACCUAGACGAGUCGAGACAUGCUGUAGAAAUGGCCAAAGCUCAUCCCGGUAUCUGCUACGCCACCGUCGGCGUCCACCCCUGCCAGGCAAAACUAUUCGACUCCUACCGAGAAGGCCCAGAGAAGAUGUUAGAAGAGCUGCGGACACUCGCGCUCGAAGCCAAGGCAUCUGGCCAUGCCGCAGCAUUCGGCGAGAUAGGUCUUGACUAUGACCGCCUUUUCUUCACGCCCAAGGACCAGCAAUUAAAGUACUUCGAGGCACAGCUGGAUCUUGCAGUCGAGAUCCAACUGCCGCUAUUCCUGCAUUCGAGAGCUGCUAGCGAGGAUUUCGAGCGGCUGCUCACCCCACGUCUGGCGAAGUUGCCUAAGGGUGGUUUGGUGCAUAGCUUUACUGGUACUAUGGAAGAGAUGCAGCGGUUGGUGGCCUUGGGGUUGGAUAUUGGUGUGAACGGGUGUAGUCUUAAGACGGAGGAGAAUUUGGAAGUUGUUAAAGCAAUGCCCCUUGAACGGAUACAGAUUGAAACCGAUGGGCCUUGGUGUGAAAUCCGGCCCUCACAUGCUUCCUAUAAAUAUCUUGAGGGCGCCCCACCGUUACCGAAAUCAUUCAAAAAAGAGAGAUGGCAAAAGGGCUGCAUGGUAAAGGGUAGAAAUGAGCCUAUGGCCAUCUACCAGGUUGCCCAAGUCCUUGCGAAUUUGAAGGGCAUAUCUGUCGAAGAGGUUUGCGAAACUACUUGGCAAAAUUCGAUAAAAAUGUUUGGUCUUGGAGAAAAUAGGGCUUGAGCAAGCUCUUGCAAAGACCAGGCUGCCGCCACUUGCCUCUGAACAGUUAUGAAAGUACAGUGCAUACAUACAUACGAAAUGGAAAUAAAACGUGGGCCGUGAGUGAGCUGGAUAGUGCACACAUCGGAUUUAUUAGUUACAUAGAUUAGAAACACAAUGAAGCAGAACUAGAGAAAUUACGGGUGGCCCGAUUAAGGUAAGCGCCGCUGGGCAUGGAUGCUUAGGCGACUCGCACUCGCCACAACUACCAUACGAAAAAAAAGAAACGAAAAAGGAAAAAAGAAAAGAAAAGAGAAAAAGAAAAGAGAAAAAGAAAAAACUAAAACAGAGCAAGAAACAUAAAAGCUCCUGAGCAGCCCGCAUGCAUAGGUUUGUUUUUUAAAGAACCUCCAAAGAGGCUGUGCAUUCUAGUUUUGCAAUUGCAGUGGAAGCGAUUCGAUUACCGAGCUGGAUAUCUGCUUUUUGAGUUUAUAUUUAGCUCGCUUUCUACGGAGUACAAAAACUGCAAAGCAGAUAUGUAUGUACAUAGAUAUCUAAUAAUAAUCCGACUUGUACAAUUAAUAAUGAAUCCAUUCAUUCCCCGCCAUUAUUCUCUCUCUCCCCGCGCGGUGGCACUCCCGAAACAUGCUAUCGCCACGUGACCCUCUCGGUUGCUGCGGAAGGUGUGGCGGCCGGGGCCGGAACAACCAGCUCCGGCACAGCUUGAGCUGUCUCGCCGCUCGCGUGCCAAUUGUCCGCUGUUUCCACGAACGGCCUCAACUUCAACUUCAACCUCAACUUCGACUGAGACUUCACCCUCCGCCAAUCCUCCCCGCUGCCAUUCUCCCUUCUCUCCCUUCCCUCAGCCUUCCCUCAGCACCGUGCCCAAAGAGCAGCGUCUCUUCAAAACUCCACCCAAGCUCGCCAUUGUCAUUCAGAUCUACCUCCUUACUAUGGAU